CGACAUCUCGGCCACGACAUACAAACAAACAAACUCGCACCCCCACCAUCCACUGCUAGGACUCCUCUCCUAGCCGCCACAACCUAGUCCGUUCGUCACUCCAUCUCUCUUGGUUCGUUCAAAAAGACUCGCGCGCGCAGGCCUUUCUCCACCUUAUCAGAAAAACUCUUACGGCGAACAUGGGGGCACUCAAAAAAUCCUUUCCAUUUUCUUCAUCUUCUGCUUCUGCUUGUUUCUGGGGAGGUAAAAAAAAAAAAGUCAUCAUCACUCAUCACUCAUCGCUUUACUUGGUCUUCGUACUCAUCUUCAUCGUCAUCAUUCUUGGUAUCCAUCCAUCCAUUCAUCCAUUCAUCACAGCGUGCAUCCAUGCAUCCUCGGCGGGUUCUUGGGGCGCGGCUAUCUAUCAUUCAUCAUCUUCAUCAUCGUUCAUGGGACAGCUAGGUAUGGUCUGGUCUGGUCUGGUUGGGGUGCUCAUAGCAAAGUGUUGUUCUGUAGGUAUAUGGCUAUUAUUUUUCGCGUUUGUUUGCUCUUGGCCUGGUCGGUCUUGUCCUGUCUUGUCCUGUCCGUCUGUCUGUUCUGUUUCGGCUCAGUUUUGUCGGUUUGUCGUCGUUUGUUUGUUUUGGUUGUUUUGGUUGUUGGGCUUGUGCACUGUUUACUGUAUGGCGGAUAUCAUCAUCAUCAUCAUCAUCAUCAUCAUCAUCAUCAUCAUCAUCAUCAUCUGCUGGGGUUACUGCUGCUACGGCUACGGCUGCUAGGUACCUGCCUGCAAGGAGGGGGCGGAAAAGAUUGUUUGGAGCGUCGCUUUGCGUUUCGGUGCUACAUACACGGUCGCAUGCUAGGGUUCUUAUCCAUUCGUAUGGGUCAGAGCCAGGGCUUAGGUGGGUUGGUUAGCGUU